CUUAUAAAGGCCAUAAUGUGUUCAGUCGGUGUCAUGCAGUUGUUUUAUACCUCCCUUUAAAAUAACUCAGAUAACUUAAAUCGGCUUCCAUUUCUGAAGAUACAUCACGAUAUUUGAAUCUUCCCACUUUUACACUGGACCUGAACGCCUCUUUAACGGUCCAAACUCAAUAAAGUUUUCUCCGUUUUUUUUCGAGCUCUGACGUCAUUUAUUCCGCGUUGGCCUGGACGUGGCACCGAGGAGGAGCUGCGCCCUCUCCGCCCGAUCUCCGCUAACUCACUCCGACCGUUGUCUCCUUCCCUUUGCGGCUCCGAGCAGCGGCUUCACCCGCGCCAGGUCUUUUCACCGUCCCGCUGCCGAACCGGGACGCUUCGAAAACAGAUUAUAGAUUUUAAAAAAGAGAGAGAAAGAGAGAGAGAGGAUCAAAGAUGGGGCUGACGAUCUCCUCCAUGUUCUCCAAACUGUUCGGGAAGAAGCAGAUGAGAAUCCUGAUGGGUGAGCUAACAAGCUAACGGAGGCUAAAACCGGGGAGGGACCGACCGACCGGCGGGAGGGAGGCGGAAAACUCUCCCAACUCAGAUUUUAAUGUUCAAACAAACGGAUGGGUCACAAAUUAAAAUCACGAAGCCCCCUAGUGUCGGAAUCACACUUUGUUUUAUAAUAAUUUAAGAGUGGAAAACAAAAAAGUCGCUAACAUGUUUAGCCGAUCAGAGCUAACGGAAACUGCCGCAGAUAGAUGAGAGGCUGUUAGCUUCACUACAAUAACAGUCUGAUCUCUGUUUGUCUUAUUAAAACCGUUACAUAUUUAAUAUUUAAGUAAGGUAAUCUGAAGAUAAUGUCUGACUCUGUUUGGUUUUUAAACCUCUUUUUUUUGUCUUGUUUCAGUCGGUUUGGACGCAGCUGGAAAAACUACAAUCCUCUACAAACUGAAGCUCGGAGAGAUCGUCACCACAAUCCCCACUAUCGGUAACAAUCAAUGCGUUUUAAUAACCAACAGCAAGACUAAUCAAUAUAAUAAUUAUCCAUGAGUUUAAGGGGAAAGUUAAGUUUGUUUGUUUCAGCAGCUGUAGAUCCUCUAUAUCACAGCCAUUACAAGGACGACAGAGUAAGAGGUCUCACUCUAGUUAAAAAAACAACGACCACUCACAGCAGAGAAGGAGGUCUCACUCUUAACCAAGAAAACAGUGACAGGAAAGAGGAGGUCUUGUUCUGAUUGACCAAUACCAAAACUUCCCAGAGAGGAGUGUCUUCACUAAAACAGGAACUUUGUUAGAAUUCAGGCUAAACUAUAAACAUGGAUAGUACAAUUCUUCUCUAAAGGUGAAGUCAGAAUAUUUAGAGCUCCCCCUGUUGGCCAUCAGCGGUAACCUGCCUCAUUCAACUAAUGGGAAGUGGGUCAAAGUGUAAAAUAAUAGCUUCCCCUCUCUUUGUGGGGAGUUUUUGAUGUACCGUAUUUUUGGGGCAAUGAGGGGCGCCAGAUUGUAAGGCACAUUGAGCAAAACAACACAGUCCAGGAAAUCAAAUUUUAUUUAACUCAGUUGUAACAAUAAAUGCCAGUACGGGAAAAUACGCUUUGAGCGCAUUGUGCCACAUAAAAUCAGUCAGUGCAACAAGUAAUCACACAUAAGGCGCACUGGAUUAUAAGGCUCACUGUCAAUUUUUGAGAAAAUUUAAGGAUUUUAAGUGUGUCUUAUAGUCCAAAAAAUACGGUAUUGAAUUUGUCCAAAUCUGAAUGAUGUCAGGCUGCAAAGUUUGCUUAACAGAACAUGCAGGAGAACAUGUUUCAGCUAAUUCAAUCAGAACUAGAGAAAACUUAUCUGUCAACUUGAGAGAUGUUAAAAAGGUGACUCCCCUCCUGUCAGGAGGGACAAUAAAUAGUGAGCUGCUUGUGCUGACAUAGAUGGAAAGAAAUGAUGAAAACAUAAUAAUUUCACUGAUUUACAGAGUAUUUGUGGUACGGCAGGAGUAUCAUUAUGACAAAUCAAACAGACAGUGAGAUGUUUAGACAGCUGCACAGCGCUGUAAACACUGGUUAAUGAUUAUACAAACAGAUUGGCACUGACGUAUCAUCUUUGAAUCAACUAUAAAUCCUUUAAACAAUCAAGAGACUUGAUUUACCAAAGUAAUCAUUUCAGCCCUACCAGAGGAGUGUCAAUAUGACAAAUAAAACAGAAAGUGAAAUAAAAAAGCCUCAGUGUCUCAAUCUCUUUGAUUAAUAUUCCCUGACAUGCAAACAUACCUUUAUCUUUGCGUUUUUUCUCUUCUUCCUCUUUCCUUUCUCUGCUCCUGAUGGAUAUGUCCUUUUUUGCGACAUUGUUUUGCCCCAAAAACUACCUGUGCUUUGGAUGCUCAGAGCACAUUUCACAGCAGCAGUAAGAAUCAUAGGCCUACAUCAGCAGCGGCACUGAAACGUUUUUACUUUAUUUUAUUUUUACGAUAAUACAUAUUUGAUCGUACAGAAAGCAUCAAUCAUACAUAUUUACCUUUUGGAUUGCUCUUGGGGGCCCCCUAUUGGCCGCGGGGGCCCUAAGCAGGCGCUCACUUCAGCUCUGAGCGCAACUACAGAGUGAGAUAUCUCUUCUCCACACUAUCUGCUGAGUGCAGCACUUGCAGGACAAUGAGCUGCGACAUGGCAGUGACUGAUGCAACAUCAUUGCAUUGUAAAAUUUCAAAAGUUUAGGAGUAUUUGACGCAACACUGCAGAGGAAAGAUCUGACUGCCAGAUCUGUAAACUGGAAGUUACUGCAUGACGGAUUACAACAAUAAUAUAGGAGGAAACAUAUUGACCAUCAGCGGUCUCAUGUUAGAGCCACAUGGUUGUUGGUAGCAGCGCAGGGUGCUCAGGAUUAUCAGAGUGAAGACUUAUGAGAGGAAAUGUAACAAACACGAACACAAGAGUCUCUGAACAUUUGAUAGCCACGAGUGUCUCCUUCAAGAACCUGUCCUGCUGUAGACUGGACCCACCUGACAGUGUCCACCUCAGCUUCAGUGGCAGAAAAGGAGGCACAGCAUCCAUGUUUGCAUAUCGUCUUUAGAUAAGACUUUGAGUGUAACUCAAACUGUCUCCAUGGUUACUGUUUGAGAUGUUUGACACCUGUAACAGAUCAGAGCACCUGGAUGAGUUUCUUUAUGAUGUCUGUUUUGUUUUUUCCAGGGUUUAACGUGGAGACGGUGGAGUAUAAGAACAUCUGUUUCACAGUCUGGGAUGUGGGCGGUCAGGACAAGAUCAGACCUCUGUGGAGACACUAUUUCCAGAACACACAGGUACACAACAAAAAGCACACACAUCGGUACACAAUCAUAAAACACAGGGACAGGCCACAACACACGCAAGCACACUUAAGUGUCGUGCAAACGGAUGAAGUAAGCAGCCUUACUCUGUAUGUUGAUGUGUGUUUCUGUGUGUGGUGCAUUCAGGGUCUGAUCUUCGUGGUGGACAGUAAUGACAGAGAGAGAGUCACGGAGUCGGCUGAGGAGCUCGCCAAGAUGGUGAGAAACAAAACACAUAUGCUAUGUUCGAGUUUCCCCGGAAGUCAGAAGUCUGAGCAGAAAAUGACGUCACACCCGAGUUACCAGCGUUUCAGUUAUCAAGUCAGACAAAAGCAAGAUGGUUACAUCUACGAAAGUUAGUUUAACGCUUGCCUUGCCUAAAGCAAGCGCUAAAAUAACUUUCGUAGAUGUAACCAUCUUGUUUCAGGCCUCCGAUUUAGCUUUUUUUCCGACUUGGUAACUGAAACGCUGGGAACUCGGGUGUGACGUCAUUUUCAGCUCCGACAUCUGACUUCGGAGGUAACUCAAACGCAGCGUUAACGCUACAGCCAUGAUGUCAUCAGUCAGAUGACCCUGUUGCUUCAUGAUGUCAUCCGUCUCAUGACCCGUCUGUCUGCAGAUCCAGGAGGACGAGCUGAAGGACGCCGUUAUUCUGGUGUUUGCUAACAAACAGGAUCUUCCAAACGCGAUGGCGGUCAGUGAACUCACGGACAAACUGGGCCUGCACAGCCUGCGCAGCAGAACCGUAAGAUCAAUAUUACCAUUAUAAAUAUUUAUCAUACCGGUUACUAAUAAUCAUGGACCUCAUGUCAUUGAUACACGAUCACCUGUCAGAGAUGGACCUAAACUCAACUCUUGUUUUGAUGCAACAUUUGAACACAUCAGUAUAUUUAUAUAUUUAUUUCACCUAAUUGUUAUUUUACUGACUGGAUCUUGAACACACCAUCAUGUAACCUUGUUGUAGGAGCCAAUUCAUCAUGUGUAUAUUUUCACCUGUUCAUAUAAACCGCUGUUAUUGAUCACAUGAUUAGGUUUGGUGUUAUAGGUCAUGUUGAAUAUGAAGUCUGGUGAUCAGUCGCCCGGUUCUAACCUCUCACCUAUCUGUCUCUCAGUGGUUCGUCCAGGCCACCUGUGCCACCCAGGGGACAGGUCUGUACGAGGGUCUGGAUUGGUUGUCGAAUGAGCUGUCCAAACGUUAGGUCACCUGACAGGACAUAGGAAGCAGCUAAGUGAUGUCAUCGACUGAAUUCACCAGAUGAAGACAAGGAGGAGGAGGAGUUGUUUUAACGGACUGAUUUUUCUUUUUCUUUUUUUUUUCUUUUUUUUUAAAUUAUAAACCUGUCUGUAAGAGGAAGUGAUGUCAUGGACUCUGAGCUCACCUUGAUUUCCCAUCAUCCUCUUCUUCUUCUUCUACUCUUGUUCCUGCAGAUGUUUGUUUUUUUUCUUUUACGCCGCAUGUUUUAACCUGAACCAUGUGACAGGGAAGGUAACCAGGAGGAGGGGUGGGGCUUACAACAGGUGACAGUGAACCUGUACCUGUGGGGAAAGGGGAGGGGUUACAGACAGGUGAGAGUGUACCUGUGGAAAGGGAGAGGGGUACCAGACAGGUGAGAGUGUACCUGUGGGAAGGGGGAAGGGUACCAGACAGGUGAGAGUGUACCUGUGGGAAGGGGGAGGGGUACCAGACAGGUGACAGUUACCUGUAGAUGUGAUGCUCAUUCCGUACCUGAAGGCCUCGUCAUUCCUUAACGAUGAAGAAGAAUCAGAAACGACAAUGAUGCAAUAAAGUUUUUUUUUCUUCUCAUCUGUGUCCUGUUUUUUUUUUUUU